AUGUUUUUCCCUGGAGCUAUGCCUGCAACUUUUUUUUGUUUUCUACAGGGCGUGUCAAUUGAGCUAAUCAAGCCCGUGCUAGGGUGUAACUCUAUGAAACGUCGGUCGCUGCAGCUUGCAGACUUACACGGCCCAUUUUAUGAUUCCCCAUUUAAAUCGCCCUUACCCUUAUCCACUCAAGGCAGCCUCUGGUCCUCGGCCCAGCCAGGUUCUGCCUUCUAUGCAGGUGCAGAGCACAGUGUGUGGCGGCGCCCAGCGUGGGGAAUGGAAACAAGACGGUAA